AAAAUCUAUUUCUCUCCUCCUUUCGAUCCAAAGAUGCUCCGUUGAUGGCGAUCUACAGUUCUCUGAAAGCUCUGAUCAGUAAAAACCCUCGAAGAACCAUACAUUUUUUCACGGCAACAGCUUCGCCAUACACGCCUCUCUUCGUCCCUUCUUUCUCUCACCGUUUAUCUCCUACUCACUCCCCUCGCUUUCUCUCUCCUCUCUCCAAAUGGAUAACCCCUUUUCAAGGUCCUCUUCUCCUCUCUUCUCCCCCGUGGAAGCUGUCUCAGGCCGCUACUCCCUUGUAUCUGCGAGGAAACGCCGCCGUUUUCAGGAAAGUUGAGGCUUUAAAUCUGAAAUUGAAUUUGGAUUUGAUUAGAAGCGGGGCCCGGUUUCCGGUGAGAUUGGGUUUGGAGGCGGUCUCCUGCGACCCUGAAGCGGUGUUGAAUCGAGUCGAACCGAAAGGGGAAAUCGCUGAGAGAGAUGGGUUUGUGGAGAGUUUUGUGAAUUUGCCGAAUUUCAUAUCCAUGAGUCGAUUGGUUUCUGGGCCUUUCCUUGGAUGGAUGAUCACAAACGAAAUGUAUGCUUCAGCUUUUGUGGGAUUGGCUAUUUCUGGAGCAACUGACUGGUUAGAUGGGUACAUGGCCAGGAAGAUGGGAAUUAACUCUGUAGUCGGUUCUUACCUUGAUCCGCUUGCAGAUAAGGUACUCAUUGGAUGUGUUGCUUUGGCAAUGGUACAUCAAGAUCUUUUGCAUCCUGGACUUGUUGGACUUGUUGUCUUGCGAGAUGUUGCCCUUGUUGGUGGUGCCGUAUAUCAAAGAGCUCUUAGCUUGGGGUGGGAGGUAACAUUACCAAGCUUGAAUUUGUUUACAUUUAUCUAUUUUUUUCUUCAUCAGUUAUUUUGUCUCACCUGA